AUGCCUCGGAUCAUCGGCUUUCAAGAUCUUCAACAAGCAUUACCUCUCUUGGUCAUCACCGACUUGGACCCGAGCUUUACGGCAGCACCCGGUGUACUCGUCACACAUCCUCACCAUACCACAAGACUGUCUCUCAGUACCACCUACCUUCCACACCGCUUCUUGAGCCCAACGAAUGAAGUCAUCGUCGUCACUGAUUCACGUCCUUUUCAAGCCUGCCUUACUUCGUCGGACGUUGCUACCUUCGCCCUCACCGCUUUAUCAAGACCGCUUCGUUUCAAAACUCUCGUUAUCCGCGCAGCAGUUACGGCAUCAAGUCCUUCGACGCGUCCUCCGUCGGCACCCACUCCGACUUCAGCCUCCUGCGACUCCUUGCUUCGUCGUCAGCUCACUCGAAGCCUCAAGCGUACCUUUCGCCGGCGAACCCUGGAUAAUCCCCACCCAGCGAACCCAUGUGAAGUCGCAUCAUUGUUGAAAGCACGCUUCAAUAGUUCAUCGUCGGCGCUCCGCAAUAUUAAUAUCGGUCAUCGUCAUCACGCUUCUACCGCAAGUGUCGCCGUUCAUUCUUCGGUCUCCGGUCCAAAUACCAAGAUCAAGCGUCUACAGUCACUCCAAAUUCAUACCACGUCGUCGGACACUCGGAGGUCGUCAGCCACGCUACUCGGCAAUCUACCCAGCACUAUCCAGCACUAUCCACCCGCAUCCCAACAUCAAGGCAUCAAGACGUCGACAUCAUUGGCAGUACUACUUGCAACCUCUACUGGUUCAUCAGGCUCUGGGUUGCCUGGGGGUACCCAUCGCCCUGUCCAUGGGCUCUCCACGCUACUCUCCAUUCCCUCCACUAUUCGCCUGCCACACGCUCAGUGGAAUGCACCAUCGCUUGUCCUCGUCGCAUGUUGUCGCCUACCACCCAUCACUCCUACGCAAGUCGCCUCCAGUACUUUCUUGCCAAGACUCCUUAUUCACUUCGCCCCUAUACCUCGCGUCAUUGGUCUCAACACACCCUCCCUUCGGCAUCUGACCGUCUUUCGUUGGGAUCGGGGUUGCCUCGGGGCACCCAUCGCCCCGGUCCAUUCCACGCUACACUCCGCAUCGCUAAUCCUCAUCAACGCCCGCUCUGUCAGCUUUCCCGUUAGCUUUGCUGCGGGCACACCUCUUCGGGAAUCGGCGUCCGGUAGGCAGCACUUCGGUGUCCGGUCUUUCGACAAUCUCCGCCCGGCAAUCCCUAUCCACGGACUCGCCAAUGCCAUCUCGAUACAGCCAUCUGGACUCGGCAAUCUGAUUGCGUUCAUCUGGACUCGGCAAUCUGGACUCGGCAAUCAUUCAUCUGGAGUCGGCAUCAUUCCGUUCAUCUGCACUCGGCAAUCUGGUUUGCGUUCAUCUGGACUCGGCAUCAUUCCAUUCAUCUGGACUCGGUAUCAUUCCGUUCAUCUGGACUCGGCAAUCUGGACUGGGCAAUCCUGGGGACAUAUCCUGGAGAACUACCAGGGCCUGAUUCUUUCCCCCCCGACAAUCGCCAACGGGGAAGAUAGGCAACGCUACGGCGCCCGACCUCAGGACUACGUGCGACCUGAUUCCUUCGGGAUACGUAGGCAGCGCUACGGCGUGCGGUACAAGAACUACGUGGGACCUGAUUCCUUCGGGACACGUAGGCAGCGCUACGGCGUGCGGCAACGCUACGGCGCCCGACCUCAGAACGACGUGCGACCUGAUUCCUUCGGGAUACGUAGGCAGCGCUACGGCGUGCGGUCCGAGAACUACGUGGGGUCUGAUUCCUUCGGGAUACGUAGGCAACGCUACGGCGCCCGACCUCAGAACUACGUGACGUCUGAGUCCCCACGCGGGAUACGUAGGCAGCGCUUCGGCGUCCGACGCCCAAGUCAAUGCCAGUUCACCAUCCUACAGCUGUUCCGUGGAUUUCGACGCCUGACAUCUCGCGGCACCGACCAUUUCACUAUCUUCCGCUCUCGGCCAUUCGACAAUCGACCCGUCUUCGCCGCCUUCGACAUCUCGCCACUCCGAUACUCGACAAUCGACUCGCCUUGCAUCGACAUCCGACUCACGCUCGCCUUCGACUUCCAUUCGCCUUCGGGAACUACUGAGGCCUGA